GAUUGUGUCUUCUGUGGAAAGAGGCCCGCCGCUUGUUUCCCGAGCGCCUGCGUCCCAUCCGCCGCUUGCACGAGCCGCCGGAGACGAGCCGGACCCCCGGGGACUGGAAAUGGAGUCAGUGGCCUUUGAGGAUGUGGCUGUGAACUUCUCCCUGGAGGAGUGGGCUAUGCUGAAUCCAUACCAGAAGAACCUCUACAAAGAUGUAAUGCAGGAAACCUUGAGGAACCUGGCCACUGUAGGAAAUAGUUUGGAGCACCAUAUCAUUGCAAAUAUAUACCGAAAUUCCUGGAGAAAGCUAAGUGGUCAAGUGGUGGAGGGACUGUAUGACUAUAAAGAAGAUCAUCAAUGUGCAGAACUUUUUGACUUCACAACACACAGUAUUGUAAACCACAACUCCUUACCAGGCGUAUAUAUCUGUGAAAACAGUGGGUGCGCAAGAGUAGUCAUUGGCCAUUUAUCUCUGAGUGUGCUCCUUAAGCCUGAUGCACAGCGUGAAUCCUAUGACGAUCAGGAAUAUGGAAGGGAAAUGUAUGGCAUGGAAUUUGGGGCCACCUCGAGUUCUUUUCCGCCGUUUGAGAACUAUGAAAGUACCUACACACUCGAGAGACUGUAUAAGACUGAGCAAUGUAAUGAAGACUAUAGGUACGGCCAGGGUCCUGAGAAGACUCUGACUGAAGACAAGCCUUUUAAGUGUAAGCAGUGUGGGAAAGCUUUCAGUUCCUCCAGGUACUUUCGAAGGCACGAACGCCGCCAUCGUGCAAAGAAAUGCUAUAUAUGCAAGCAGUGUGGGAAAGCUUUUGCUUUCCCCACCUACCUACAGACACAUGAAAGAAUUCACACUGGGGAGAAGCCUUAUGUGUGCGUGCAGUGUGGGAAAACCUUUGCUCAUUCUCGUUCCCUUAAAACACAUAAAAGAACUCACUCCGUUAGGGACCUGUUUGUGUGCAAUUACUGUGGGAAGACCUUACGUCAUUAUAGUUCUCUUCAAAUUCAUACAAGAAUUCACACUGGAGAGAAACCUUAUGUAUGUAAACCAUGUGGCAAGUCCUUCAUUACUUAUCGUUCCUUUCGAAUACAUGAACGAAUUCACACUGGAGAAACCCCGUAUGAAUGCAAGCAGUGUGGGAACACCUUCAUGCGUUGGAUUCAAUUACGAAAACAUGAAAUAAUUCACAGUGGUGUGAAACCCUAUGCUUGUAAGCUAUGUGGGAAAAGCUUUACUUGUUCUGGUUCCCUGAGAACACAUGAGAGAAUUCACACGGGGGAGAGACCCUAUGUGUGUGACCAGUGUGGGUAUAGCUUUACUCGGUUGAAUUCGCUUUUAAGACAUAAAAUCAUUCACACUGGUGAGAAGCCCUAUGUGUGUAAUCAUUGUGGGAAGACUUUUCCUCGUUCUGCUUCCCUUCAAAGGCAUGUAAAAAUUCACACUGAGGAGAAACCCUAUGUGUGCAAGCAAUGUGGGGUUGCCUUCGCUAGCUCCACUGACCUUACAGAACACGAGCAGACUCACGCGGAAGAAAAACCUUACAUCUGUGAGCAGUGUGGCAAUGCCUUCGUGCUUUGGAGUCAGUUUCAGAAACACAAAGCACUUCACAGUGUCCCAGUUUCCUAUGUUUGUAAGCAGUGUGGGAAAAGCUUCACUUCUUCUAGGUCGCUGAAAACACACGAAAGAAUCCACACUGGCGAGAAGCCCUAUGAGUGCAAGCAGUGUGGGAAAGCCUUCGUUUGGUCUUACUCCCUUCAAAGACAUGAAAAAACUCAUAGUGAUGGGAAGCCCCACGUGUGCAAACAGUGUGGGGAGGCCUUCCCUUACUAUAGCCAUCUUGAGGUGCACGAAAAAAUACACAUUGAUGAUGAAACUUUUAAUUGUAAGUACUGUGGCAAACUCUUCUUCACUUUGAACCAUUUGCAUAGACAUGAAUUACUUCACACUACCCUGGAUCCCAGUGUUUUUUAGUAAUGUGAGAAAAAAGUUGGGGGAAGGGUCUUGGUGACUUUCAUAGAAAUAAGCAAAAUUCACACUGGAUAAAGAAAAACUGGAUUUGUGCUAGCAAUGUGGAAAAACCUUUUUAUUUGUUUCAUUGAAACAAACAUGAAAUGUCACAGUGGAGAGAAACUUCUUUUUUUUAAAUCAAUGUACAGUUUUUGAGCUUAAAGUUCCUUGAAAUACAUGAAAGAGAAACAGACCUGUGACUGUAAGCAAUAUGGUAAAUUGCCUUCUGCAGUUCCAGAUCGUGGAAGAGACAUGAGAAAACUCAUGCUGUAGAGAAACUAUGUGUAUAUAAGGUGUUGUAAAAAAAAAGCCUUCAUUUUUGUCCCCAUUCCCUCUGAAUACAUGGAAGGAGUCACUGUGGAGAGAGACCCUUCAUAUAUAGGCAACCUUAGCUAGUCUUCAGUUACUGUAUCCUCACAGACAUGGAAGAACCUCCUAUAGAGAAACCUUAAAAACAGGAUUUAUGAACUCUUCAUUAUCCUCAUAGCACAAGAAUGUGCACGGGGAGAAUUCCUAUCAGCAGAAAACCUCUGUGAACACCAUCUGGUUCAAUUAACACAUAAGGAAAGAACUUGAUAUGGAGUGCUAAUUUGCUUGAAAGAAGUGUUCAAGGUUUCAUUUGGCACACAUGGAAACAGACACCAGAUGAAAACCUUUGCUGUUGAAAAGCAUUGGAAAACCUAGAGCAGUAGCAAAUAUAGGAAAAGUCCUUUGAAUUUUUUCGUGCUUAAUCUGAUAAAUAUCAGUAUUAUGAAGAACUGGACAUACUAAUUUUUUUGUAGCAUGCUCUUGGAAAUGCACACUCUGAAGAGAAUGUUAUCAAGUACAGUAUUUUGUAUUUAUUGGAAAAUUUCAGGGGCUGAGAGGGAUGGCUUAGCCUUUACGAGCUUUUGCUGCUUUUUCAAAGGACCUGAAUUUGGUUUUCAGCACCGGAUCACAUGACUCAUGACGGCAUGUGAUGCCAGUUCUAGGAGAUCCAAUUCUUUGCUCACACACAGCAUAAAUUUACUGUACACAUAAAAAUAAAAUCAAAUUUUAUUUUUUUCAGAAAAGCCUUUGCUGUGUAUCCCAGGUUGUCCUGGAACUGGUAUUGUUCCAGCUUCUAGAUCUUGACUGUGUAAUGAAAUGCCCCUGCCUCCACAUUCGCCAUUGUUAGCUCCUGCUUUAAGAGUCAUCUCUUGACUUGAUUCUAAGUUUUAGCUCUACAAAAGUAAGCAUUAAGCAGAGCAUUGUGUAAUGUGGAAUGGCAGCUUAAACCCAUGAGUGGAGACUAGUAAGACCUACAUAUGGAAAAUUGACAGGAAUACAAAGUGUGUUUUAUUAAAUUUAUCUUAAAGCAAUCAUGUAUUAAUUUAAUGGGUGAUGCUUUUUUUUUUUUUUUGUAAACCAAGUAAGGUAGAUGCUUCUCUUAUCAUUGUAAAUUAUGUUGGAUUCAUUGGUGAUUGAUAUUUGAAGUAUGCCAGUCCACAUAAAUAUCUUUAAAAAGCAGCUUAGUAUUUAUGUAUUAGCCUUGUAUGUAUAGGUAUAUGCCCAUAGAGGCCAGAAGAUGGUAUCAUGUCUUUUGAUCUGGCAUUACCAACAUGACAUGUUUGACAUGUGUAAUGGAAUCUAAAUCCUAGUCUUAAUGAUAGAGUAGUAAGUACUCUUAACUGCAGAGCCAUCCAUCCCUCCAGCCCUGGCAUAAGUGUCUUGUUUUUCAAUCAUGUUUAGUAAGUAUUUAAAAAUGACUUUGUGAAUAUUGAAAUAGUUCUGUUGGUUUCAUUUGGCUGAUUAUAAGCAUUUUGUGUAUACUCUUUAUUUUUCAUGAAAAAAAAAACACUUUAAAAAUGUGUGUGCGUGCAUGUGUGUGUUGGGGGCCAUUGUUUCUGUGGUUGCUGGUAUGGUUUUGUGUUGGCGGUGUUCACAGUGUGAACAAAGUAAUAUACUGGGUGCCUUGGUCUAUUGCUGUUAUUCCCCUAAGACAGGGUCUCACUGAACCUGGCUGGGCAGACAGUCAGCAGAACCCAGCAUUUCUUGUCUCUCUGCUCCCCACAUUGCUGGCUGUACAGACACACUUAUUCCCAGCUGUUUUUUGUUAUGGUUUUUUUUUUUUUUUGGUUUUUUGAGACUGUAGGCUGUCCCACACUUCCUUUGUAGACCAGGCUAGCCUCAAACUCACAGAGAUCUGCUUGCCUCUGCCUCUUGGAGUGCCAGGAUUACCCAGGUGUGCCACCACCUCAGGCCCAAACCAGUUUCCAAUUGAUUUUGUCUCCUGUGUUUUGUUUCUUUCUGAUGUGUUCUCACACAGACCUUGAGUACAUGUUCUUUUAAGUAUUUUCAAAAUACUUUUAGAAUAGCAAAUGUUAGGGUUUAAUCAUAGGUCAGAUCAUCUUUCCAAGUUGGCUUAUUUUUUCCUUUUGAGAAUGUUAUACACGCAUGGAAUAAAUGAUACUCUUAUGUCCCCACUAUUUCUUCUUCUCACCCUCCCUGUUUUUCCCUAACACCCCCCUGUUAACUUUGUCUGUUAGUGCUUCUCAUACAUGCAUGGGUGUGGAGGAUGGGUGACCUGCUGGUAGUUACAUCUUCACACCCCAGUGGCUAUUCACUGCCAGUAGCUUGUCAGGGGGAUGGGCCUGGAGCUGACCUGCCCCUCGGUGCUUGGAUCUGGGCUUGCUUAAGCUUACGCUGUAUGUCUUGUAUAUGCAGUCACAGUUGCUGUGAGGCCGUGACUAUAACAACCACGUCACAGCGCUCCUCCCCACCCUCUAGCUGUUGUAUUCUUGUAUUGUUUUUCUUCGGUUUUCACCGAGCCUUGGUCACAGUGGAGAUUAAUGCAGCUGUCUCGUGAACAUUCAGCCUGUGCUUAGCCCUUUGACCAGUUACGCAUCUCUCCGUUGACAGCUGGCCACUGUAAAAAGAAGCUUCUCUGACCAAAGUUGACAGCACCCAAGGUCUCUUGGUGCCAAGAGCUCAGUGGAUGGCAGAAACUUGAUAUCUGUUUGUUUGCUUGUUUGUUUGUUUGAGACUGGGUCAUGCUAUGUAGCUUGAUUAGCCUGAAACUUUCUAGUAGGCCAGGCUGUUGUCAAUUUGUGCUUAGCUUUUCUUUUAUGUCAUGAGCUCUUACUGUCAAAUGUGUGUGAUUAUGUGAUUUUACUGUGUAAAUUUUGUUUUUAUGUAUCUUUCAUUUUCAUUAUAAUUUCCCUAGUCAUUGCAUUAGGGUAUAGAGGUAUUGCCGGGGCGGUGGCGGCACAUACCUUUAGUCUCAGCACUUGGGAGGGAGAGGCAGCCAGCUCUCAGAGUUUGAGGCCAGCCUGGUGUACAAAGUGUGUCCAGGAAAGCCAAGGCUACACAGAGAAACUGUCUCAAAAAGCAAAAUAUGUGUAUAUAUACUGGUAUUACACUGCCUUCUUGCUACAGAAACCAUGUUCAAUAAAUUGUACUAACUGUCUCCAUAAGUGAGUGGCUCAUCUAUGAAAGCAUUCUUCAUAUUGUUUCUGACAGGACUGGUGUAAUUUAGGGGGUCUUACAAGGGUAGACGCUGUAAUUCAGUGUCCCCCGUGUUGGAUGCACUGAGGGGUGACUGUAAUUCUGCUCUUGUAAACAAAACUGGUUGUUACCCAGAAGACUGCAGUCUGGAUUAAAGGGAGAUGUAAUUCAUGAGCUGUGCCAGUCAGUCCAUCAGUGAGUAGAAGGUACUUUCCUAUUUCUUGAUUCAGACUGUUUUACGGGUUUUUUUUUUUUUUUUCAGUUUAACAGAUGUCCUUAUAGAAUGUCUUUCUGUCAUAGUCAUUAAGGAGUCUUUCUCAUUGGUGGAGGCUUGGGACAUGUCCAUCAGUGGCAGAAGAUGCGGCCUUGUUGUAUGAGAUGAACACUAGUGUUCUGGAUCAUUUUUGCAUUUCUUAGUUUCUUUAUAAACACUAAUAUUACUAUACUGUGACAGAUGCGGUUACCCACGUUUAGGUGUCCCUAGACUUUCCACAGGGCUACAUUAUAAUAAGUAAAGUGAAAAUAUGAAAAAAGCACUUUACAAUCAAGCUAGUGACCAUCAAACCAUAGUCUAGUCUGCAUCAACAUUUUGGGCACAUUAUUUUCCUAAAGUUGGGGAAGGUUUCUUUUUCUUUGUAUUUAAUGUUAAUGUUUUUAAAUUGUUUGUGUGGAUGUUGGCAAAGUUAGAGGUUUUCUGAUGACAUUGUCACUCAGGUUUCCGCAGACUUUAACCACAGUCACUUGGUUCCUUGUCCCUUCCUUCUCCCCUGUGGUCCUGUUCUCCCAAAUAGACUCACUAGUGGUUUCAUCUCUCUAGUUUGUUAAAAUCUAGAUUUUUAAUUCUGUUUUGUAUAGAAGGAACAUCGUUUGGGCCUGACUGUCACUUCCAUGGUGAUCUCCAGUUUUGUCCAUUUUUUUGCCAAUAACAGUGACCUAGUACAGUCAACAUUUUAUAUACACCACAUUUAAAAAAUUAGUUUAUCUAUUGAUGGGUACUGAGGCGGAUUCUGUAAUGGAGUGUAACUGAUUUGCAGUGUAUGAACAUGAGUACAAGUAUGUCUGGUAUAAUCUGACAUAGAUUCCUUUCAUUAUAUACUAAACAACAGUGCAGCAGCAUAAGACAAUUAUAGUUUAAUUUUAGAUGAAAUACUUCUAGUUUUCAGAGUGACCAUGCUAAUGUACGUUUCCUGGAGCAACCUUACAUUCUCACAUUCUCAUGUUUUAGCUUGGUUCCUUGAUAGCUAAUCACACUAGGGUGUUGAGAAUUUUCAUGUAUUUAUUGGGUAUUUGUACAUUGUAUUUAUUGGAUACAGUGUACAUGUAUUUAUUGGAUAUUUGUACAUUUCGAACUGAUUGUUUCCCUAUGUGUUGAUUCAAUUACUUGUUUACAACAUAAUUUUUGUUUCCUUGUAGUGGUGUCCUCAAAGUGUUCCAUGUAUCUUACGGUGGUUUCAAGCUUACUGUGUGUGUGUGUUUCUGUGCAUCACUCCCUUGUCAGAUGAAUGAGCGUCCAAAGAUAUUUCCCCCACUCCGUAGCUUUGUCUAACAAUUGUUUCCUUUUUCUUUAUAAAAGCUCUUUAACUCCUUGCAAUGAUUAAAUCUCUUUUAUACUUUGGACGUUUUUGUUUGUUACUGGUUUUCCAUGGAUUCUUGCUGUGUAGGCCUGACUAACCUGAACUUGCUGUGUAUGUAUACCCGAGACUAGCCGCUAAUUUGGAGCAGUCUUCCUGCCUCUGUUCUCUGGGUGUUAACACUGUAAUCAUGAGCCUCUAAUCCCACUCUCUUUGCCAUCCAGUAAACUAUUAGUUUCAGAAUGCCAUUGUCUAUGCCUAUAUCGUCAUGUAUUCCAUGGAUUAGCCUCUGUGAGUUUCAAGUUGUUUAGGCCUUCCCUUAAGGCCUUUAGUUCAUUUUGAGUUGCUUUUGUACAGAAUGAUAGAGGGAUUUAGGGCUAUUCUUGUGCAUAUGGUGUUGUUUUCUUGUUGGGGUACCUUUGCUGAAAUCAGAAGGUUGUGGCUUGAUGGAUAUUUUGGAACUGUAUUCUUUCCUUGCUCUAUUUGUCUAUUUUUUAAGGUACGCUGUUUCACUAUGGUUUUAUAGCAUAAUGUAAGUUGAGUGUUGUAAUGACUCUAGCUAGCAUUACCCUUUUUGCUCAGUGUUGCUUUGAAUAUUUGGGAUAUUUUGGCUUUCUUACAAUUACAGUUUUGUGUUUUCUGUUUCUGUAAAUAAUGGCAUUGGAGUUCUUUUUCCAAGAUGGGGUUUCUCUAUAUGUAGCCCUGGCUAUCCUGGAUCUCUAUUUGUAGACCAGGCUAGCCUCGAACUCACAGAGAUCUGCUUGCCUCUGCCUCCCAAGUGCUGGGAUUAAAGGCAUGGGCGUUCACCACCACACCCAGCUGCCAGAAUUUGGGGGGGGGGGUGUCAUUGAGUCUGAAGACCGCUUUACACUUUUUGAUACUAUAAUGGUGCUGAUUUGUGAGCAUAGGAAUGUUUUCCAUUUUCAGAGCCUUCAAUUCUUCGGUGUUUUUAAAUCAUUAUGUACUCCUUUCAUCAGCUUAUUCGUAGGUGAAUUUGGCUUUCUGUCUUGUAAUGAUCGGAUGUAGAGUCUUUUGGUGUGGCAGUUUGGGUCUUUUUGAGAAUAUGAUCAGAGGAGCAGCCAAGAGCACUGGCUCCUCCCCUAGAGGACUGAAGCUUGAUUACAUGGCACCCCACUACUCUAAGUCCAGUUCUAAGGAACCCAGCACCCUUUUCUGGUCUCUGGGGAACCAGACAUGCACAUGGUACACAGACAGGCCUGCAGGCAAAACACCUACACACGUAAUAAAAGUAGGUUUGUUUGUUUGUUUGUUUUUUAAGAUGGUCAUAUUGUCUACAAGUAGAGAUUUGGCUUCCUUCACUUCCUUUUUCUUUCCUCGGCGCUCAGGAUUGAGCCUAGGAGUGUGUGUGUGGUAGGCAAGUGCUGCACCUCUGAGGUGCGACCGCUCACUUGGAUCCCUUGCCUUCUUUUCCCUAAGUUUCCGAGCUAAGGAUUUGAGGUGUAUAUAGCAGCGUUGAGAAGGUGGACACUUUUAUGUUCUCGAUUGUUGAAGAAGUGCUUUUAGUUUCCCUGUUGGUGUAAUAUUGGCUUUAGUUUGUCAUUUAUAGCACCUGUUACAAUGAGAUGUGUUCCUUUUCCUAUGUAUUCAGGUGAUCACAUGAUUUCAGUCCUUGAAUAUCAAUAUUCUCUAUUAGAUUCACUGAUGGAUAUCUGUGAAAAACAUGCUAUGAAAUCAACCUGAUGGAUUGUGAUAUUUUUAAUAUGUCGAGUUGGUUUGAGAGUAUAAUUUUGAGGGAUUUUUGUUUUGUUUUUCAUCAAGGAAGUUGUUUUGAAGUCUCCUUUGUUCAGCCCUUCAGGGAUUUGAUAUCAUGGUGACACUGUCUAAGAAUAAAUUAGUUAGUGUCUCUUCCCUUUAUAGUUAGUGAAAUAGUUUGGGAAGCUUGGUAGAAUUCAGUAGGGAAUUGGUCAAGUCGGCUCUCCUUGAGACAAAAUUCAUUUCUAGCUUAAUUAUGUUGCUCUUUUACAUUGUUCACAUUCCAUUGAUUUAUUUUGUUCAUCUGUUUAUUUUGUUUUGUUACUGAUUGAGAAUUUUAUACAUGCACAUGAUACAUUUUCAUCAAGCCACCUGUUCCCAUUCCUCUCCCUCAUUCUUCUAUACCUUCCACCACUGUCCCUCUCAAUUCAGUUUGUUCUUUUGUUUUUAACCUUUGUAGUCUCCUUAAUACUGCCAGUGUAUACAUGGGUGCAGGGCCAUCUUCUGUGGCAUGAGUAGCUUCUCCCUGAGGAAAACUGACUCUCCCUCUCCCAGCAGUCUUCAGUUGUCGCUAGCUGCCCAGGAGUGGGCCUUUCUGAACACCUCAGCUCUCCACGCUGGGGCUUCUGUCUGGCUUGAUCCUGUGUAUGCAGUCAGAGCUGUCAACAACGCGCAGUUGUCCUGUCGCGUCCAGAAUCUACGAUCCAGCGCUCACACUCUUUCUGCAUCCUCAUCUGUAAUGAUCGCUGGUCCUUUGAGAGAAGGGAUGUGAUGUAGGUAGAUGUCCCAUUUAGAGCGGAGCCAGUUGUGAGUCUCCAUUAAUUGCCAUCGACUGCAAAAACAAGAAAACAAACAAAAACAAGCCAGCCUCUGUGAUGACGGUUGAGAGAUAAGCUUGUCUUUGGGACUAAAGAUACCUUUCAACAAACUGAGAGUAGCUUCGUACAAAGUUCUCCACAUUAAUGGUGCCAGACAAGAGUUUCAUCUUGUAGAGUGUGGAAUGGUCCUUAAGUCCAGUCAAAAAGUGUUUGGUUAUCUGAACAUUCAUGCUGUACUCAUGGCUGUGUCUUGUUAGAGUGAUCGCUACUGUUUCUCAGAGGGUUCUCAGCUGGGUAAACUUGAUGUCCAGUCUUCUCCCUGGGUAAGUACGCACAGCACCUUCCAGUGCUGUGGAAGCUAGCCAGUAGAAGCAGCCCUUAGGUCAGUCUAAGGUCAGUUUCUUCAUGUGCUCUGACAGAGCAUGUGGUGUCUUCAGUGAUGCAGUCUUACCGUAAAGCUCUGUGUGGUCACCAAGUACAGUAACGACAGCCUAUAAUAUUUGGAGGGGGGUCUAUAGAACUUCAAACUUUUGACCUGAUUUGAUAUUUCAUAUAUGUCUUGAAAUUACUCUUUUUGGUUUUUCAGCUUAUUGUAAUAUAAGUUUCAAAAAGUAUCCUCAAAUCAUUGUCUGGAUUUCAUUUACUGUCUGUUGUAAUGUCUCCUUUUCAACUCUAACUUUACUCAUAUGAAUAAGUGUAUAAAAGAAAACAUAAGAUAAUAAGCAAUGAAGUACCUAAUUAAAUUUUGUAAAUAUUGUAACUGCCUGAAAGUUGUAUAAGGAGCAGCUGCAGGGUGGACGGUUUUUGAGUGAUCACCCUUUCUCGGCGUACUUUUUGGUGAUGCAACUGACUUUGAGUUACCCAUACUCCUGUAAGUGAUCCUGUAUUCACACUAUUGUAAGUAAACCCCAAUAAAAUCAUUGUUCUCCA